AUGGCUUACAAGUUUAUGCUGAUUGCAUGUCUUUGCACCAUAGUCACAGCUGGCGAUUAUGAAUAUAAGCGACCAAACCUAAACACAACCCCAUCAAGGACAACAAAUACCAAUAAUAAAACUGGAUCUAGUCUAAAGCCCUAUACCAGCAACCUUGAAAACAAUUACAAUGUUAGUACUACUGGAAAUAAUACCCAAUCAGUACCAUACACAUUCAGUGCACGUCCAAGACCAUCAUCUACUCCAGUUUAUUAUCCACCUGCACCCGCUAAGUAUGAAUAUAGUUACAGUGUGAAUGAUGAGAGUACCGGUGAUAUUAAAUCUCACAAAGAAACACGUGACGGAUAUCUUGUACGUGGUGUGUACAGUCUUAUUGAUCCUGAUGGCUUCAAACGUACGGUCACCUAUACAGCUGAUGAUGUACAUGGCUUUAAUGCAGUCGUUAAUCGCGAGCCUUCAAAUGUGAGAAUACCAACACCACCUCUAUUAAAAUUUCAAGCACCUGCACCAUUUUCACCAGCACCAUUCUCACCACAGCCGCGUGUAGCACAACAACAACAACAAAUACAAACAGAAAAGCAAAAACAGUCUAUUUCACCACAAAGUAAUACGCCGGUACGUGAACCAACACGUAUAGAACUAACCAUAGAACCAAGUGAUAGCUAUUCAGUGCCGUCGCAGCAAGAUUCGGAGGGCGGUUCAUACGCCUAA